UCCUGCACCAAGAAGGACAUGCAGCCGGCUAAGCCAGGUGGCCCGCUGCCCGCUCUCCUCCUGCUGGCGCUGGCUCUGUCCCCGCAGGAGACCCAGGGACGACCGCGGGGGCUCAGAGCCUCGCGUGUGCCGGAGCCGAAGCCUUUGAUUUUCCUUCCCGCGGCUGGGGCCGGCCUGGCUCCCAGUGCCUCCCGGAGCGCAGAAAUAUUCCCAAGAGACUUGAACCUGAAAGACAAAUUCAUAAAGCACUUCACAGGGCCAGUCACAUUCUCAGCUGAAUGUAGCAAACAUUUCCAUCGCCUCUAUCACAAUACCAGAGAUUGCUCAAUGCCAGCUUAUUACAAAAGAUGUGCCAGAUUGCUAACAAGAUUGUCAGUGAGUCCGCUGUGCUCACAGACCUAAAAUGCUUACCCUGCAUUUCUUCAGGAUGCAAAUGUUAUUUGAAAAAUAAAGUGCCUGG